AUGAACCAACUGCAGGCUUUGCUGAACGACAGUCUGAUCAGAACCAAGCAUGUGGAGAACGCAGCUCUCAUCGACAUACGAGAAAAAAAAGUCUGUGCAUCAACUUUUGGCUUUAAUGUGCCACCAGAGAAUGCUUUAAGCCUUAUCUACGUGAACUUAUUGCAAGUUCGAAGGGGAGGACUUGACUUCAAGCAGAAGUACUAUAAAUGUGUCCGUGCAGAUGAGCACUCCAUCUGUCUUCAAAACCCAGAUGUAGGCUUUAUAGUUGUGAAGACAAAGACUUUCAUCCUGGUUGCUUCUUACAAAGUGGGCAUGUAUCCCAGUGUGUGCGUGGAAGCUGUGGAGAAACUAGCAGACUACUUUAGAGAGAAAGGUAGCUGA